AUGUUGUUGGUAGCUUUCUAUUUUGUGCUGAGUGCUCUCGCGGCAGCAUGCAAGCAAGCACAAAAUUGUGCAAAUGAAAGAUGUGAAAUGGUUGGCGAAACAGAAAUAUGCACAGAAUGUAAGGACCAAGGAAAUGUCCCCGUUAACGGAGUAUGUAUGCCGAAAGAUAAUGACGCCGUUACAACUGCUGGUUGCAAAAAGAAUGGAGGCGCUGAUUUAGGAGCAGAAGACAAGGUAUGUGGACAAUGCGACGGGGUUCACUUCCUCUAUAAGGGUGGUUGCUAUAGCACCGCCGAUGCGACCGGGCAGAAGUUAUGCACCGAUGCCGCGGAGGGAGUGUGCUCAGCGGCCGCAGUGGGGUACUUCAUUCCACCGGGGGCACAGAAGACAGACCAGUCUGUUAUCUUGUGUGGUGAUGUCACUGAGAUAACACUGACCAAUGGCAAAAAGUAUAAAGGAGUUCAGCAUUGUACAGUAUGCACUGCUCCUGAAGCAGCAGAGUCUACUGCUAAGCCUGCAGUGUGCACAGCUUGUGACGAAGGAUUCUUUGCCGCAUCUGAGGGAACAUGCACAGCUUGUGCUGACAACAAUAAUUGCGCUAAGUGUGAUGCAGGAGCAGAUAAAUGUACGAAGUGCAAAGCAACCGCUGCCAAUAAAUAUUUUAAAGAUAGUGGCGAUGGAACGGGCACAUGUGUCAAUGAACAGACCUGCAAAGAACAAAGUACCCAUUUUCCAAAAGAUGAUCCCAAUAAUGGCAACAAAUGCUUAUCUUGUAGUGAUGAUAAAAGUGGUGGAAUAGCAGACUGCAAAACAUGCACUCCAAAGGAGAAUUCCGAAGGCCCAAUUCUCAUUACAUGCUCUGCUUGUGCAACAGAUACCAACAAACCCAAUGUUGCCGGGACAAAGUGCAUUGCAUGCACUGUAAAAGAUUGCAAGAAGUGUAAUGACGAUGGCACGUGUGCAGAGUGCGACAAUACUAGGAAGCUCACCCCGACAAAGGAGUGCGUAGAUAAGUGCGAAAAGCUUGAGGGAUACUUUGACGGAGAUGAUGGUACUUGCAGGGCGUGCAACUCUGUCUGUAAAACGUGUAACGGUGAAGAUCCAUAUCAGUGCACCGGCUGUCCUGCAAAGAAGGUGCUUAAAUACACCGUUGAAAGCACUCCGGACAGUGGUAGCACCUGUGUAGACGAGUGCACAACAAACACAAAUGGCUGUGCAGAAUGCGGCGCAACUAUCGGAGAAGCUAAGUACUGCUCUAAAUGCAGCGACGCCAAGCAAGCACCGCUGAAUGGUAACUGCACUGCUAGUGUUAGAGCAGCCGCAUCAUGUACACAAAUAGAAAACGGCAUUUGUAAGAAAUGCGCUACUAACUAUUUCCUUUUCGAGGGCGGCUGCUACGAAACCACCAGGCAGCCUGGGAUGCAGAUAUGUAAGGAUGCUGCAGGGAACGACGGCAAGUGCAAGACAUGUGCCAAUAACCUACCCUCCAACAUCGAUACCGGGGCCUGUCCUUCAUGCCCAGCAGGUUGCGCCACGUGUACGGCAGCAGGGCAGACGUACACAUGUCAGACUUGUCUUGCUGGAUACUAUCUUGAUUCUACUAAAAACUUGUGCAUAAAAUGUACUGAGAGUAGCGGUAAUAUCCAAGGCGUUACUAAUUGCGUUAGCUGUAACCCGCCAGCUGGUAAUAGUGGCCCUGUCACCUGCUAUGUAAAGAAGGAUGGCACUAGCGAUGGCGGUAACGAUAACAGCACCGGUGGUAGUACAAACAAGAGCGGCCUUAGCACAGGCGCCAUUGCAGGCAUCUCUGUUGCUGUCAUCGUCGUUGUGGGUGGGCUCAUAGGGUUCCUCUGCUGGUGGUUCAUCUGUAGGGGGAAGGCGUAG